GAAACUCGCGUGUAGCAGAACAUUAGUUGAGCUCGGCAACCCUGCAAAAUGUUUUGACGAUUUAGAAAAAAAAAUAUUGGAUAACACUUAGCAGACAAAAUGAUGACAGAGUCAUUACACAGUGAGUCGGGUGUUGACAGACAAAAUAUAAUGCGUCUGAGAAUCAACAGAAUUGCUCUGGUGCAGGAACUGCGAACUGAACAUAUCAUUAACCAUUUACUGCAGACGGGAGUAUUAUCCGAGUUUGACCGUGAACGCAUAGACCGAGGAACAACACCAGCAGAUAAAGCCAGGAGACUUGUAGACAUUGUAACAACUAAAACACAUGUACCAGACUGGUAUAAUAUAUUUAGACAAUCCAUCUUAUCCCCAGAGGGAGCUAACGCUGAGACAAAGAAGCGGUAUCGCUCGCUCGUAGAGUUCCUUGAUAACACUGUCAUACACCGCCCAGUGUCUCAAUCCUCAAAAUUCAGCGGUAGCUCCACUGCCUCCAUGAAACUGCCACAUUAUGAACCACUGCCAGAAAUCUCAGACCAACAGAAGGGAAGGACUAGGGCCGAGGGCCAUAAUUACACCAAGAAACGAAUGGAGGAGGAACUGAUGAUGGAGAAGGGGGCCAGAGAUAAUGCCCCGGAGAGAGACGAUAAGGGAGUGGUCAGCCGUGACAAACCACCCACCACCAUGACACUGGUCAAAGGGUUCUUCCAGCAGUGGGUCGCCACUCCUGACAACUUCAGAUCCCUUCUGCAGAUCCCUGAAGAUCAGUUCAGAGCGCUUGAAACUUCACAAGACAAAUUUGACAAAGCUCAGCUAGAACAAGAGAGACUUGUGUUUGAAAAGAUCAGAAAACUGGAGAUGGUAGCGGUACUAGCCAGGAGAAAGCAGCUGCCUGAGGGGUUUGAGCUCUGCAUGUGUGAAGCGGUUCACGAUGUUUUAUUUGACACAAAAAACCACCACAUGUAUUUUAAGUAUUUGAGGAUGUUGGAGAGAUCAGACGUAGAUCUUCUCCUUGACAUUGUGCAAUCCUUCGGCUCCGUGUUGGAGGGGAUGGACGUGACCCGUGUGGGAUCGGACACCACGCAGUCAGCCAUUAAGCUGGGCUUUGCGUUGAUGGAUUUCCUUGGUAAGUAUGGCUAUUUCCAGCAGGCGGAGGGAAUAAUGACCAUCCUCCUGGCUGUCCUCAACCUCUCACACAAUGUUGAUUCCUGGAUCACCAAGUACAAGGGGUUCGUCAAGCUGAUGCAUUUCAGGAACAUGAACUACGACUUCAGGAAGGUUCAGAACGCGUACGGAUUGGUGACGGAGAUGGAAUGGCAGAUUUCUAUGAUGUCGUUUGGACAGGACAUUCUGGACAAGACGCCAUUUUACGUGGAGAUGUCCACCCUGAUGCUGGAGUAUGGAUCUGCCACGUCAGCCUUUGGUUGGGCACAAAAAGCCAUUAAGAGCAUGAAUCAGGAAUCGCCCGCUGAUGUGGUUAAUGCUCUGUGUGCAGGAGUGAUGGCAUACUGCGCGAGAUGGAAUAUAAAGAGAGCAGAAACUUUAGCCAUUCAAGCUGUCCAGCAGGCUAGGCAUCACUUUGGGACCAGCCAUCCCUUGUAUGUCAAAGCCCUGCUUCACUUCUCUCAUUUCUCCAGCAAGUUCAAACAAGACAGGCAGGCACUCGAGAUUGCCAAGUAUACCCUUAGGACUGCCCAGAAAACGUAUGGCUGUGAGAUGAUAGAUGUUGCCCUGGCCCAUCGGGCAGUGUGUGCGGCCCUGAUGGUCAUUCAGGACUUUGAGGACCUGGCGUAUUAUCACCACGCUACGGAGGCCCUGCGUAUUGCCCGGGCUCAGCUCCCAGAUCAGUACCACGGAAUGAUGGCCAUGUUCCUACAUACCUCAGCCUCAGCUCUGCAGUGGAAGGCACGUCACUCAUCUAAGGAAGCCCAGGAGCUGACCCUCAAACAAGCUGAAAUCGAGGCCAAACAGGCACUGCUGAUCGCCUCUUCCACAUACGGAGAAAUCAGUCUCCGAACAGCCCAGAUGUGUCAACUACUGGGCGAGAUCUACCCCAAAAUGGACCAAUUCCAGCAGGCUGAAGAGAUGUUAAAGAGAAGUGUUCUAUACAUGAAGCUGUGUCAACCAGAGAACAGCUUCUUCUUAAUGUUAGCUAAUGCCACACUGGGGACCUUCUAUAAGGUUAUGGAUAAACCAAGGGAGGCCGUCCAUUUCCUGCAGCAAGUAGUGAACGCACCAGAUUGUGGGGUCUAUCUGAAGUGGGUCCACGUCUGCUUUGACACGCUGAUCGCCACCUUACAAUCACUGAAUCGUAACAAAGAAAGUGACCAGUGUCAGAUUCAUUUGUCUAAGUGGCUCCGUGACAAUCCCAAAUACGACACCACCGUCACGCUCCAACAGCUACAGGAGGAGCCACCUACCAUAGAGAAGUUCAAGGACGAGUUUAAUGUUUGGGAGAAGAAGGGGAAAGCCAUUAUGAGCAUGCUGAAGAAAGCCAAAGAUUAAAGUGUUAAAACUGACAAGGGGAGAUAAUUCAGCUGUAAAUAAACAAAUAUUACUGUACAGAAGUAUA